UCCGUUCCUCCGGAUUUCGAUCCCCCUUUUUCUAUCUGUCAAUCAGCGCCGCCUUUGAACUGAAAAGCUCUCAGUCCAACUUCAACUCACUCAAACCCGAGCGGCACAGGCUUCCCAAUAUCCGCGGCGGCUGCCCCCCCGUUACAGCUGACUUCUUGGGUUGGUUUGUUGCAUUAUUAUUUUUUUUUUCCUCCCCCCCCCCUUCGCCCCCUCCCCCCCGUCUCUCUAUAUUUUUUUUAUUAUUAUUAAUUUUUCCGCGAGUGCGUGCGCGGGUGCGCGCAGUGCACGCCGAGCAGCUCCCUGGAAGAAAGAAAGAGAAAAUCCCGAAGAAGGAAAGGAAGAAGCCUAAAGUCACUGGUGCAAAGGAGCAAAGAAGAGACAUUUCCCUCCCCUCCUCCUCCCUCUUUUCCCCUCCCCAGGAGGAAAGAGAAGGGGAAGAAAAAAAAAAAAGAGAAACUUUCACCUUGGACUCUUCUUUUUUUGGUGCAAACUUUCCCCCCCCCCUUCUUUUUUCCUUCCCCCCCUCCCCAUUCCCCUCCUUUUUUUUUUCUUCUUUUUUUUUCCCCCUUCCCCUUUUUGCAAAAUUGCUGCUGGUGGGUGAGGCAGGAGGAAAAUGCCGCAGCUGAACGGCGGUGGAGGGGACGACCUGGGCGCCAACGACGAACUGAUCUCUUUCAAAGACGAAGGGGAGCAAGAGGAGAAGAUCUCCGAGAACUCCUCGGCGGAGAGGGAUUUAGCUGAUGUCAAGUCGUCUCUCGUCAAUGAAUCAGAAACGAAUCAAAACAGCUCCUCAGACUCGGAGGCCGAGCGGCGGCCCCCGCCUCGGUCCGAAACUUUCAGAGAUAAAUCCCGGGAAAGUUUAGAGGAAGCUGCGAAGAGGCAAGAUGGAGGGUUGUUUAAGGGCCCACCAUACCCGGGUUAUCCCUUUAUAAUGAUCCCCGACCUCAGCAGCCCGUAUCUGCCCAAUGGAUCGCUCUCUCCGACGGCGAGAACGUAUCUGCAGAUGAAAUGGCCACUGCUUGAUGUUCAGGCAGGGAGCCUUCAGAGUAGACAAGCCCUCAAGGAUGCUAGGUCUCCAUCUCCAGCACACAUUGUUUCUAACAAAGUGCCAGUUGUGCAGCACCCACACCAUGUACACCCUCUUACGCCGCUUAUCACGUACAGCAAUGAGCACUUCACACCGGGAAACCCUCCUCCACACUUACCAGCUGACGUAGAUCCCAAAACAGGAAUUCCAAGGCCUCCACAUCCUCCAGAUAUAUCUCCUUAUUAUCCGUUAUCGCCGGGCACUGUAGGACAAAUCCCCCAUCCGCUAGGAUGGUUAGUACCACAGCAAGGUCAGCCAGUGUACCCAAUCACGACAGGGGGUUUCCGCCACCCUUACCCAACAGCUCUGACUGUCAAUGCUUCCAUGUCAAGCUUUCUCUCCUCUAGGUUUCCUCCACACAUGGUCCCGCCACACCAUAGUUUACAUACAACUGGAAUCCCUCAUCCGGCCAUAGUCACACCAACAGUCAAACAGGAAUCUUCCCAGAGCGACGUCGGCUCACUCCACAGCUCAAAACAUCAGGACUCCAAAAAAGAAGAAGAGAAAAAGAAGCCACACAUAAAGAAACCUCUUAAUGCAUUUAUGUUGUAUAUGAAGGAAAUGAGAGCAAAAGUUGUAGCAGAAUGCACAUUGAAAGAGAGCGCAGCCAUCAACCAAAUCCUUGGUCGAAGGUGGCACGCGUUAUCCAGAGAAGAACAAGCGAAAUACUAUGAACUAGCAAGAAAGGAACGACAGCUUCAUAUGCAGCUGUACCCGGGCUGGUCCGCACGGGAUAACUAUGGAAAGAAGAAGAAGAGGAAAAGGGAUAAGCAGCCAGGAGAGACCAAUGACCUGAGCGCUCCUAAGAAAUGCCGAGCGCGCUUUGGCCUUGAUCAACAGAAUAACUGGUGCGGCCCCUGCAGAUGCAAAUACUCCAAAGAAGUGUCGGGCAUUGUUCGGGCUUGACCGACAGAGUUUAUGGUGCAAACCAUGCAGGAGAAAAAAAAAGUGCGUUCGCUACAUACAAGGUGAAGGCAGCUGCGUCAGCCCACCCUCUUCAGAUGGAAGCUUACUAGACUCUCCUCCGUCCUCCCCUGCCAUGCUCGCCUCCCCCUCCAGAGACUCGAAACCACAGACUGAACAAACGCAACCCCUCUCGCUCUCAUUGAAGCCCGACCCGCUGGCGCACUUGGUCAUGAUGCCGCCGCCAUCCUCGCUCGUCCUCGCCGAGAGCGCUGCGAGCAAGCCCGGCGCCCUGCCUGCCGCCAGCUGCCCCAACGGGGCCCUGGACCACCCGCCGGCCGCCCUCCCGCCGGCCGCCGCCGCAUCCCUAGCACAGCCCUCGACGUCCUCCUUGCAUUCCCACAGCUCGCUGGCGGGGACACAGCCCCAGCCGCUCUCCCUCGUAACCAAGUCCUUAGAAUAGCUUUAGCCUCGUUAGCCCUUUUGGUUUCCUUUGGGGGGCAGGGGGGAUUGAAUUCUGUUGGGAUUUGGGGUUUUAUUUUUUUUUCCUUUAUUCUGGGUUUUUUUUUUUUCCUCCUCCUCCUCCUCGUCGUCGUCCACUGUUCGUCGUCGUCUCUCGGUUUCGUUUUUAAUUCGUGCCAUGUGGCUACAUUAGUUGAUGUUUUAUCGAGUUCAUUGGUCAAUAUUUGACCCAUUCUUAUUUCAAUUUCUCCUUUUUAAAUAUGUAGAUGAGAAAAGCCUCAUGAUUCUGCCAAAAUUUUUAUCAACAGCUGUUUAAAGUCUUUGUAGCGUUUAAAAAAUAUAUAUAUAUACAUAAUUGUUAUGUAGUUCCAAUAGCUUAGUUUUAAAGACUGAUUUUAAAAAUGACAAAAAGAGAAAAAAAAAAAAAAAGAAAAGAAGCAAUUUUGAAGCAGCCCUUGCCGGAGGCAUUGGUUCUUUAUUAUUUGUAUUAAAUACGAGCUUGCGAACCAAUCAUUUUACAUCUGGUUUUUAAACCUUUAAGGGCACAACGAAUGCGGUGCCGCUACUACUUCUUUUUUUUUUUCGUUGUUCUCCUUCCUCGUGUGAAACAACCUUUAUUGUGAUGUUACUUGUUCUUGUUUAAAUGUACAGAAACAAAGGGUUAAAGAAAAAAAAAAAAAACGUGUUAAUAUACCUUGUUCCAUGGUGUUGUUCUUUUUGGGGGAGGGAACGCUACUCAACACUUAAAAGUAUCACAACGCUAUUGGACCAGUAGUAUUUAUUGCUUUAGAAAUUGCUUGUUGUAUCUGUAUGUUGUCCCUUUUUAAGUGGGUUUUUUUUUUCCUCUUUUAUUUUUCUUGAAACAUUGUAUAAAGGUUUUUUGUUCUAUUUUGUUUUGCCCUUAGUGUAAGCAUCUUAUAUAUAACAACUCAUUUGUACAAGGUUUUUAAGUUUAUAUAUAAAUGUGUAUAUAUAUUUUUUUUCCGGGAUUUUUUGGGGGGUUUUUUUGAUUUCUUUUUUGUGAUUUUUUUUUUUUUUCUCUAUGAAACACAGUUGCCACCAAACGGACAUUUCGCAGACGCAUUUUGUUCAAGGAUCAAUAGUGUAAAAGAAAAUCAAUAAAGAAUUGCUUUAAAAGCCAUCGACACGCAAAAAAAGACUUGAAAAUUUAGCAAGGGAAUCUUUAGCAACCGCUGUUUGAGAAAUAGCAAGGUCCAAGUGUCUCCCGUUCAGAACUGCAGCUGAAUCCCCUGCGACAUUAGGACUGUAGGCUGUGUGCAAAAUUCUUCUGUGCCAAAAUUCUCAGUGACUUUAAACUUUUCUCCCGAACAACUUUUUAUUAUUAAUUUCCUUUUUAUUUUUAUUUUUUUUUUUUAAUGCUGUAAUUUUUUUGUUCAUCAUGUUUUGCUGUGAUGUUACAUAGGUAGAUAUGUAUGUAGUUUUAAUGUCACCUAUAACAGACGUGUUUGGUAGCAGAUUGUCCGGAAAGCAUUUAAAAUGAAGAGGUAUAAACCCUUAAGGGCCAAAUUCUGUAUAUUAGAUUAUUCAUAAAAGGAAAAUCAGACUGCCACUUUUAUGUACACUUACUACAUACAGGUAGGUAGCAAACUUAAAACAAAAAAAAAAUCCUAGGCAUGUUGAUGUUGCAAAAAAAAAAAAAACGCUGUAUAAAGCUGAAAAAUUGUUCAUCUGUUCAUUCAGUGCCAUUGUAGUUGACAUGAAGCGAUUGUAAAACUGUCUCAGAUUUUUCUCUGGUUUAUUAAGAUGCUAACUAUAACAUUUUUUGUGAAUACUUUGAAUGUUUCCUAACAGUUGUGAUGUUACUGUUCCGUUUUAUGCUCUUAUUCCGAUUUUCAUUUUUAAUGGUUUGGAAGCCAUUUUUUGUAAUGAAUAAAUGUUCAUGCUGUACAGUAUCUGUAGCAUGCAGUUCUGGAUUAAUAAAAGCAACUUAGUAUGUGCAGAGAA